AUGCGCUCCCCAGGAGCUCCUCGUGGGCUCUACCAGAGCUCCGCCCUCCACAGGCUUGGGCAGUGGAAGUUCUCCGGCCUAACUCUCUUCCAAAUGACCGUGUUUACUGCUCUGCUGGAUACUGUUCUUGGUGAUUGUGGCCUUCCACCCAAAUUGCCGUUUGCUUCUCCACUCAACCAGUUGUAUGAGACAAACUUCAAGGCUGGAACUGUUCUGAAAUACUCCUGCCACGCCGGCUACCGAAAAGUCAAUUCAAGUCGCCUCACUUGUGGUACUUAUGGUGCCUGGAUCUACAGUAUCUUUUGUAUCAAGAAACAAUGCAGAAACCCAGGAGAGUUAACCAAUGGGAAAGUGGACGUUAUGACUGAUUUUCUUUUUGGUUCAACCAUACAUUUCAGCUGCUCAAAGGGAUAUAUCCUCAUUGGUUCAACAAGUAGUCAGUGUGAGGUUCAAGGUAGUGAAGUUGAGUGGAGCGACUCUCUCCCAGAAUGUGUAAUUGUCAAGUGUGAGUCCCCUCCAGAAAUCAGGAAUGGGAAGCACGGCGGCGGAGACGAAGACCUCUACACUUACGGUUCCUCUGUCACCUAUAGCUGCGACCCCAACUUCUCGCUCAUAGGCAAUGCUACCCUUUACUGCAUGGUGGAGAAUAAAACAUUAGGUGUCUGGAGACCAAACCCUCCUAUAUGCAAAAAAAUAUUCUGUCAUCAGCCACAGAUUCCACAGGGAAUCUUUAUCUCUGGAUUCAAACCCUUCUAUACUCACAAAGACUCUAUUGUGAUAAGUUGCAAGAAAGGUUAUAUCCUCAGAGGAAGCAACUUAAUCCACUGCGAAGCUCAUAAUGAGUGGUACCCUUCUAUUCCCACCUGCGAACCAAAUGGUUGUUCAGAGUUGCCAGAAAUUCCCGGUGCUUUCUGGGAGAAAAAUGCCUAUGCCCAGAAAAAUCAGGAAUUAUUUGAAAUUGGGACAAAGUUGAAAUAUCAGUGCAAGCCUGGUUAUCACCCAACAGAUGAGCUGACUGUGACUUGUCAGCAAAAUUUGGUAUGGACAUCUUCCAAAGGAUGUGAGAGAAUGUGUUGCCCAACACCAAAUCUGGAGAGAAUCAAAAUCGUACGUGAAAAGAGGGAUUUCACUAGUGUGUGCGCCUAUGCCUCUGGAGACUUUAUUUUCUAUAUGUGUGAAGAAGGUUUUUACCCUGCCUCUGCUGAUGGAAAGAGUUCAUGCCAAGAAGAUGGCACUUGGAAGCCUCAAAUGCCAGAAUGUAAGCCAGUUCUGUGUCCAAAACCAGUGAUAGAAAAUGGCAGGCUGGCCAGGGAGAAGGAUCACUAUGUUGCAUUGGAAAACAUCACCAUUCAAUGUGACUUUGGCUAUAGUGUUGUUGGUCCCCAAAGUAUCAUGUGCUCAGUGAACAAAACCUGGCUACCAGAGGUGCCCAAGUGUAAGAAGGAAGUUCCGCAAGGCUGUGAACAAGUGAUCAUAGGUGGAAAACUCAUGCAGUGUCUUCCAAACCCGGAGGAGGUGAAAAUGGCCCUGGAGGUGUAUAAACUGUCUCUGGAGAUCGAACGUUUGGAACAAGAGAAAGAUAAGUGCAUAAAGCUACGGGAGAAUAUUUUUGAAAAAGAGAAAGCAGAGGAAAUCAUGUCCCCUAAAUUCCAGAGAAUUUUUUCAGCAUUAUGGCUCCUUGGGGUCCUGUCUCUAUUGUGGUGCCCAUCUGCCCUGUGUGGUUGUAAUUUUCCACCUAGCAUUGCUCAUGGACAUCAUAAACGAGUUAUUUCAUACAAUUUCUUCAAAUAUGAGAUUGCGUAUGAAUGCGAUAAAGGAUACCAACUGGUUGGAGAAGCAAAACUCUCCUGCAGUUCUUCUCAGUGGUCACCUGAAGCUCCUCAGUGUAAAGCUCUGUGUCUGAAACCAGAGAUUGAAAAUGGGAAGCUGUCUGUGGAUAAGGAUCUGUAUCUUGAAAUGGAAAGUGUCACCAUCCAGUGUGACUCUGGCUUUGGAGUGGUGGGUAGCCAAAGAAUCACUUGCUUACAAAACAGAACCUGGUACCCAGAAGUGCCUGAGUGUGAGUGGGAGGUUCCUGAAGGCUGUGAGCAAGUACUUGCUGGCAGAAAACUCAUGCAGGGUCUCCCAAGUCCAGAGGAUGUGAAAAUGGCCCUGGAAAUGUAUAAGCUGUCUCUAGAGUCUGAACUGCUGGAACUACAGAGAUACAAAGCAAGGCAAUCUAUUCUGGAGCCAGCGCUGUAAUUCUUCCAGAAGAAAUAGAAAAAGGCUCCUGGCUGGCUUGCUGCCUUUCAAUUCAAUAUGGAUCACUUCAGUUUAGCAAUCCUACUGUAUCUUUGGCACCAAUAUUCAUGAAAGCAAAUAUUCAUAUA